AUGGCUACUGCAGUGGAUCACAUCCCGGCCGCCCGGCCUUCAAAAGAACCCAUCGAGACCGCUGUUGAAGUAUCGAUAAGCCGAACAGACAGCCCUCAGGAAGAUCUGGAAAAGGCCACACCGCGGACUAUUGACGAACUCAUUCGACUGCGAGCGCAUCAGUCUGGCCACGAUCAACCCAUCGUGUCGUAUCCAGAGCAGGGGACUGCGUACGUCGACUACACCCCGAGACAACUGGACGAGCUUGUCGAGAGAGCAGCAGUGCACUACAGCACUUUAAUCAGACAACGAGUCACAUCAGAUGAUCCCGUCCAAGUUGUCGGCAUCCUCGGGCAGUCAGACCUGAGUUACCUGAUAUCCUUCCUCGCUAUCUCUCGGUUAGGACAUUCCGCACUUCUGCUAUCGACGAGGAUCACUGAGGAAGCCCACGAAUCGCUGUUGAGUAGCACGCAAGCUACGGCGCUGCUGUAUCACGACCAGUUCACCGCGGUAGCGACAGCAGUUGUCGCACAGUUGCCCAACGUGCAGGCAGCUCCCAUCUGCAAUGCUACGAGUCUGCCUGCUGGCGCCCGGUUGCAGCCCGCGCUUCUCGAGCCUCGAAGGGAGACUGAGCACAUCUCCUUCAUUAUCCACUCAUCAGGAUCGACUGGCCUUCCCAAGCCAAUCUACCAGACACACAGAGCUUCGCUCUACACAUACUCCCAGAACUUUGGCUUGGUGGGCUUCAUCACACUGCCACUUUACCACAACCACGGCAUCUGCUGCUUGUUCCGGGCCAUCCACUCCAGACGAAAUAUCUACAUCUACAAUGCUCGACUUCCGCUUGCAAGCCAAAAUCUCCUCUCCACACUACAAGGUCAUCCAGAAGUCGCCAUCCUCUAUGGAGUACCGUAUGCGCUCAAGCUACUCGCGGAGAGCACCGAAGGGCUUGCGGCUUUAGCGCGGCUGGAUAUCGUGAUGUUCGGCGGUUCAGCCUGUCCGAAGCCCAUCGGUGACAAGCUGGUGGAGAACGGCGUGAACCUGGUCGGUCAUUACGGAGCCACUGAAGUUGGCCAGCUCAUGACGUCUUUCCGCGACCAUCAACAGGACAAGCAAUGGGACUGGCUGCGUGUGCCUCCACAUUUCAAGCCGUAUCUGAGCAUGGAGCUGCGAGGUCCGAACCUUUAUGAACUUGUCGUUACUGAAGGCUGGCCUUCGAAGGUGGCGACUAAUCGUGACGACGGGUCUUACGCCACCAAGGAUCUAUUCGAGCCGCAUCCCACGCUGGAGGACGCUUGGAGGUACUACGCCCGGCUGGACGACACCAUUGUGCUGGAGAAUGGAGAAAAGGCCAAUCCACUUCUGGUCGAAGGGGUGCUGCGAGAAAAUCCACAUGUUGCUGAAGCCGUGGUGUUCGGCGCCAAUAAGCCCCGUCUUGGUGCCUUUAUCGUGCCAGCUACCACAACAGACCUUGAAGAUGCCGCGAUCAUCGACGCUGUUAUGCCCGCUAUUCUGAAUAUGAAUGCUUCAGUACCCGCAUACUCGCAUCUCACCAGAGACAUGAUUCGGACCCUGCCUCGCGAUGCCGAAUACCGCCGAACGGACAAGGGUACGGUCAUCCGAGCAGCGUUUUACAAGAGCUACGCAAGCCAGAUUGACGACAUGUAUGCCGACGAGCAGUCCGGCAGCUUACGUCUUUCGCGCGAAAAGCUCUUGGAAAUGCUGCGGUCAGAGUUCCUCAAGCGUGUUCCCAGUGGCAUGGCCAUCAAGGACGACACAGACUUGUUCAGCCUCGGCGUGGACUCCUUGCAAGCCAUCCAAGUCCGCUCAUUCAUCAUCAAGAACCUCGCAGUCGACGCCAAGAAUAUCGGCCGCAACUUUGUCUUCGACUUCCCAACGGUGGAGCAGAUGACGAACGAGAUCCUCCGUCUGCAGACCGGCCAACCAGCGAUGGAGAAGUUGGGUGUGGAGGAUCGAAUGCGCAACAUGAUCCAGAAGUACUCAAACUUUUCACAGCAUGUGCCUGUGGAGAAGACGAUUGUUGGAAAGCAUAUUGUCGUCACCGGCUCGACUGGCUCGUUGGGCGCUCAUGUUGUAGCCAAACUUGCCUCGCAACGAUCUGUCCGGACCGUCUAUUGUCUCGUUCGCGCAUCUUCGAUCCGAUCAGCGGAGGCGCGCGUCCGUCGAUCGUUACAGGAACGACGCCUAUACCACGAGCUGACCUUGUCUCAGCGAUCCAAGAUCGUGGCCUGGCCAGCAGACUUUGGCAAAGACAACCUUGGGCUCUCCGUCCAGCAAUAUGACCAGCUGCUGUCGCAUGUGUCGCAUGUUCUCCACCUGGCUUGGAGCGUCAACUUCAACAAGGCUCUUGAGAGUUUCGAAUCUGACUGUAUAGCUGGGGCCAGGAACCUGAUGGAUCUGUGUCUCAAGACCAAGACAUCCCACCCAGCGGCCUUCAACUUCUGCUCUUCUGUCAGUGCUACUGCGAGAACACCUGGGCCUACCGUGCCGGAAGCAUUACCAGAGUCCUUGAGCUAUGCCCAAGGUAUGGGCUACGCGCAGUCCAAGCUUGUGACUGAGCAUCUCUGCUACAUAGCCGCCAGCGAAACUGGCCUUCAAGCCAGAGUUUUGCGAGUUGGCCAGAUCAUUGGUGAUACGCGACAUGGAGUGUGGAAUGACACCGAGGCCAUUCCGAUGAUCUUCCAGACGGCAAAGACAGUGGGAUGUCUACCGACCUUGGAUGAGAGUCCGGCGUGGCUGCCUGUCGAUCAAGUUGCUAACGCUUGCAUCGAGAUCGCCUGCUCAGGAGCCCCAGCGGGCUGCAUGAACAUUGUCAAUCAUGAAGCAUUCCACUGGACCCGCGAUCUGCUGCCGCUCCUCCGACUUGCGCUCGACUUUGAGGAGGUUGGCCAACGCGAGUGGAUCCGGAGGCUGCGAGCUUCGAGCCCCAACCCUCAGCAGAACCCCCCGAUCAAGCUCGUAGACUUCUUUGCCAGUAAAUAUGACAACGACUCGGCCCGGAAGUCGCUGACCCACGCCACUGAGCUGGCCCGAGCAUAUUCACCCACCUUGCAGAACGCUGGCGUUGUCGACGAACAGCUCAUGCGUAAGAUUAUCGUACACCUCAAGACCAGGUGGUGGACCGGUCCUGAAGUCGUCGCGCCUCCCACAGCAAUCAUCGUUGGUGGUCCAUGUGGCUCCGGCAAGACGACUGUGGCGCAAGCCCUUUGCGAAACAUUCUCCAUCCCCUUCAUCGAAGGUGACAUGUUGCACUCUCGGCAGGCUCGUGAGAAGAUGCGGCAACACGUUCCCUUGGAUGAUAUCGACAGACUCUCCUGGCUGGCGCAUCUUCGAGGCGCAGUCAUGGAUCGGCUGCUCACGACUCGAGCGCCUGCCGUGGUGGUCACUUGCUCGGCGCUCCGCAGCGCAUACCGAGACGAGCUUCGCACAUUGGAGGAAGUGGCCGGCAUCAAGACGCUCUUUGUGAUGUUGCAAACUGAUCGCAAUGGCGAGUUGAAAGCACGCAUGGCGAAACGGGAAGGUCACUAUAUGGAUCCGGUGAUGGUCGAUGCGCAAGUAUCCCUUCUCGAAGAGGCAAAGCAGUAUGAGGUAGACGUGCUCUCGAUUGAUGCGGCGAGGGAGCCUCGGGCUGUACGAGACGAGGUCGAAGGACUGAUCAAGGAAGCCAUACCGCUGCUGUAG